AUGGAUCCCAACGACGCAGUUAGACCCAACUACGCACUGGAAGAAUUCCAAGAAGAAAGGCAACAACUGAUUGGUGAAGGUUUAACCGAAGAACAAGCGAUUAGGCUGAGGAAGACGACGCCCAAAGACUGCCAAGACCUCAGAGACGAGGAAGAAGCAGCACGUCUCGAAGACAGGAAAAAGAACAAGAAUAAGUACGCACCUCUCAAGCGUACUAAAGUCCCAACCGAUCCCACCAUCCUCCCGGCACAAUACGCCAUCAGGAGGCUGAAAGCCGGUGAUUACUGCGAGUUACACUACUUUACCAACAAAGGACUCGACGAAGCCAUGGCGUUGACUCUAGUUGCAGAACCAGACGCUCUCGUCAUGCUACCAGCGUCAGACGGAAUCCACUCAUGGGUGCCCGCUGCCGCAGUCAAAGACCCAAAAGCCGCACCCGUUACCAAGGACGAGCACCUCACUUGGGAAGAAUUCAACGAGGCAGCGCCACGCAUCGUCGUGUUCAUGAAGAUGCAUGAUUGGCCUGACGACAGAGUCAACAUGCACAUCCAGUUCUGGACGGCCAUUCAAGCCCAUCGUUGGCGCCACUCACCUGACCCACUCCAACAGAGAGCUCUGCUCCUCUAUCAAUCGCAACAACGACGUCGCUGGCAUCUCACCAUCGGAACAGCGCAAGGUUGGAGCCUGGAGGAGAUCAAUCAAGAUUUGUUGUUCGAGGCUAGAGAACUCCUGUUCAACGAGAAGAGAGACAAAGACACAGCGCUCGCCAUCCAGCAAGCUGCUGCAGCCUUCGUGGCCAGCAGCGCUAACUCCCUGCGCACCCAGCUCGCAACGUCAACACAACAACCGCAAGCAGCGCUGAAACGCGCAGCACCGUUUAAUGAGGAAUCAGGGGGCAAUAACAAGAAGUGUGCCUUGGGCGCAACCCGCACAGAACCAUCGAGUGCAUGGCCCCCCAAACGUGGGACAAACAACAUGAGACCUUCGCAGAACGAAUCCGCAAAGGACUGUGGACCAAAGACGGGAAAUAACUCUGUACUGCCUGGCAGUGUGAAGAAGGUUGCACAGGUGCGGAGACCCAUCUCAUGGAGCCCAGAAGUGCGCUCGAGCACAGAAGGCAGAAUCCUCUAA